AUGGGCCGAUUAAUCAGCGCGCAAGAGGUGGCCGAGCACAAAACCGAGGAUUCUUGUUGGUUUAUAUACAAGGGGAAAGUCUACGACGUCACAAAUUUCCUCAACGAACACCCUGGAGGCGGUGACGCGAUUGUGGCCGAGGCUGGGACGGACGCGACCGUGGCCUUCAACGAUGUCGGGCAUUCGGCUGAUGCGAUCGAGAUGAUGCAAGAUUAUUACAUCGGAGAUCUGAAAAAGGAAGAAGCCUUCGUCGCCCCAACCCAACCGAAUAAAACCCCAGCGCCGGCGCAAAGUAAACGAGUAAACUUGGCGAUCCCACCGCUCGUCUGGGACAUUGUCAUCCCGUCGGCCGUCGGUGUGUGCCUCUUCUUCGCCUACAAACGCCUUGCCCAAGCCCAACACGCGUUG